GUAUAUGUUGUUAUCGAAAACUAGACUAGGUGUAGCGAGUAGAUCUACUUUACUGAAAUAGUUCAAAUAAGACGUUUUGAUUAAAAGAAAUUAUUCUAGGCUCUAGAUCUUCCAUUUAAUGUAGACUCUUACUCUAUUUUAUAUUCAUUGGACAAUCAAAAUAGCUGUGUUACCACCCAUCGGCCAAAGUCAAGAUUUUAUUGUAAAAUAUAUGAGAAACGAGUCCUUGUAAUCACAACAAAUUUCCUUUAAAGAAGUAUCAAAUCAGAAAUGGCUCCCAGCAAUGCUUUAACAACUUGGGGCAAUGAUAAGACCAUGAAUCUCAACACACUCAUACUUACAAAUAUCCAGUCUUCGCCCUAUUUCAAAGUCCAACUCUUUGAACUGAAAACAUUUCAUGAGGUAGUGGAUGAGAUUUACUACAGAGUAGAGCAUUUAGAACCUUGGGAAAAGGGGAGUCGAAAGACUGCAGGUCAGACGGGCAUGUGUGGAGGGGUGAGAGGGGUGGGUGCUGGUGGCAUCGUCUCUAGUGCCUAUUGCUUGCUGUUCAAGCUGUUCACUCUUAAGCUGACCAAGAAGCAAGUCAACAACUUGAUAACACACGGAGACUCCCCUUACAUCAGGGGAUUAGGAUUUAUGUAUAUCAGAUACACACAGAAUCCUGGAGACUUAUGGGAUUGGUAUGAACCUUAUUUGGACGAUGAAGAGGAAUUAGAUGUGAAGGCCGGUGGUGGUCACAUGAUGACAAUUGGUGAGAUGUUGCGACAGUGGCUGGUGAAAUUGGAAUGGUACUCCACUCUGUUUCCCAGGAUUCCUGUGCCUAUUCAAAAAGAAAUUGACCAAAAGCUAAGAACCAGACCAGUCACGGCAGGAGGCUUUCAGGGCUAUGGAGACCAGGUUCAAGAAGAGCCACAGCAUAUACCAGAUGAUCAAGUUUCCUUUGGGGAAGCUGAAAGAGCAGCUCUGUCUCAAAGAGGUCGGGGUGGUGGUUUUGGUGGCAGCAACAGAGAAGAUUUCAGAAACGGUGCCUCAUAUCGAGGCUCUCCAAGAAGAUAUUCCCCUGUUAGAAGGAGAUCUCCAAGGCGGUCACCUCCUCGAAGGCAUAUAUCACCAAGACAUAGUCCAGUUUCUAGAUCCAAAGAUGAUUUUACACGAGAAUUAGAAAGAGAGAGAGAAAGGCAGCGUAGAGAGAGAAAAGAACACAAGAGAAGUAAGCAUAGCAAACACAGGUCGAGGUCAAGGUCCAGGGAGAAAAAGCAUUCCCACAGUAAAGAGAAAGAUUAUCCAUCAUCUCAUUACAGAGAAAGAAAUUCAUCAUCACGGAAAGAGAGGGAGGAUUCACCGCCACACAGAAGUAAAGACUCGCGUCACCCCAAAGAAAAAGAUCUGUCUCCGUACCGCAGAGAAAGAGUCUCUCCAGCGCUCCGCCAUGACAGGGAUAUGUCACCUGAUCGGCAUGCCUCGCCUUACCAAAAAGAAACAGAAAGAUCACCCUCCAUUAACAGAGACAGACACAUCAGCCCUGAUGACAGUUUUGAGAGAGACACCUCACCAGGCAGGUCAAAGGACAGAGAGUCUUCCCCAUACCAGAGCAGAGACAAGCACCGCAGCAAGCAUCAUAAGAAGGAAGAGAAAAAACACAAGCACAAAGAUAAGGAAAGAAAACGAUCUCAUUAAAUGUUUUUGUUUGUUUUAGUUUUAUAAACGUAAACUAAGUGAGUAGUAUUUUAACACUUUGUUAUAUUAAAACAGUUGUACAUUCUGUCAUUUUCUUUGAAAUACAAGUGUUAAAAGUGAGACAUGAAUAAUAAUUGUUGCAUUCCCUUUUGUUAAGGGAACUGAUGUUUUAAUGUUAAAAUAACUGCUAACAGAUGUUCAUUAAUGUGGCAAAUUAAUUAGCCAUUUUAUUUGAUAUUUAAACAAAUGUUUUGCACAUACAUGUGUCCAUUCAAUAGUUCAUAUACUUGUUAUGUGAUAAGAUGUUAGAAAAACAAAUAUUCAUUUUUACUUGUCUGCCCACAUUUUAAACAAAUAAACAUUUUUGUCCAUGAUACAUAA